UAUGUUCCUCAACACCUGUGAUCCACCCAUUCCCCUUAAUUUGUGUGAAUAUAGUGCUCAGCCUCAGCUUUGUCUAGACCUUGAAGUGCUCAUAAUUCGUGAUAAAAUAUUAAUUAAUCAGUGCUAUAGCUAUUAAAAUCGCUGCUUAUUCGUUCCUGUGCAUAAAGUUAAGGAUAGCCUACUUGCAUUCAUGAACUACGUAAAUUGCAAACAUUAAAUAGGUGUAUCUACUCAGUGCGAUAAGCGGCGUCCAUUUUGUGUUGCAUCAGCUUUGCAUAGCAACAGCAUUUAUUCGGCUUAAUUCUUAUAAAAUUUAAUCUUUCUUCUUCACUUCAUAUCUUGCUUUAAGCUAUUUUUAUUUAGUUAAUAAAUUUAUAACAAAUUAUUGCUUUAAUACAAUUUCAGUAACCUAAAACCAGAAUAACAAGAACUCCGUUAGGAAUUUCGAUUCAAACCUUAAGAUAUUCCCUAAAUCAGCUGGAAAUUAGUGUGUUCUUUAAAUUCAUACGGUCCUAACCGUGCAUUCCAGUGAUUACGGGGGUUCUGCCCACAUUCCUGUGCCAAGCAGUGCAUGUUGUUGUCACGUCACGUCACCUACUUCGCUGCAAGUCAACGUGCCAGUGGACCAGUUGUCAAGACUUUUAAUUGGGCAGAUAAUAAAACAGCUGGUCCGGCGCCCGUCAUUAGCGCGGCCAGCGCGUGCGCCGCUAACGCGUCAGCUGAUCCGGAGAUAUUGUUAUGCACAGCUUUAGUUAAAAUAACGAACGUCAAUAAUAACAAAUCUCACAUUGUUCGAGCUAUGUUAGAUCCCGGUUCGCAGAAAUGUUUCUUGACUGAACGCAUGAAAAAUAAGUUAGGAUGUUCUGACAAUAACAAAAAGUCAGCUUGCGUGUACGGCUUAAAUAAAUUAUCAUUUACGGUCUCAGAUCGAUGUGAGCUCACUGUAAGUUCGUUAACGAGUCCUUAUGAAGUUAAUAUUCGUUGUUUCGUGGUGGAGCACCUUAUAGACAGCCUACCUAACAAUUAUGUAGAUACCUCGGAAUUGAACAUACCUGCGGACAUUCAGCUGGCGGAUCCUGGGUUUUAUCGUCCUUCUGAAAUCGAUUUGCUACUUAGUGCUGAAUUUUUCUUCAAUAUCACGACGUCGGAGAAAAUAGAACUUGGACCAAACAAGCCUAUUCUUCAGUCUUCAAAACUAGGCUGGUUGGUCGCGGGGCCCACGGGUGACGUCGAGUCGGAUGAGGACGAGAUUGUGCGUUGUUGCUUUACGAAACAAAUCUCACAAGAUCUCACACGGUUUUGGGAACUUGAAGAAAUUUCAUUACCAAACGUCACUAAUAGCGAGGAGGAUAAUAUUUGCGAAAAACACUUUUUAGAUAAUACGCGGCGUUUAGAUAACGGUCGAUUCUUAGUUAAAAUGCCGUUACGUGAAAAUCCGGAAACCGCACUUGGCGAUAGUUUUAAUAUGGCGAAAAAACGAUUCUUGAACUUAGAAACUAGAUUGGAAAAAAAUCAAGUACUUAAAAAACAGUAUUGCGACUUUAUCAAGGAGUACGAAGAACUAGGUCACUUGAGUAAAAUUGACAAGCCCGACUUCGGUUAUUACGCCCCCCACCACCCAAUUAUUCGUGACAGCGAAACUACAAAAUUGCGGGUAGUUUUUGACUGUAGUGCUAAAUCAAGCACACAAAUAUCCCUUAAUGAUAUACAGCAUAUAGGACCCGUUAUACAGGAUGAAUUAUUCGAUAUCUUGAUUAGGUUUCGCCAACAUAAAUUUGUUUUGUCCGGGGACAUACAAAAAAUGUACCGGCAGAUUGUCUUGGACGAAUCGCAGCGCCAUCUACAAUUAAUCCUUUGGAGGGACGAUAAAACCAAACCGCUUGAUGUACUUAGGCUAAAUACGGUGACUUAUGGUACCAGCUCAGCGCCUUUCUUAAGCGCUAGGUGUAUAGUACAGUUGGCAAAUGAAUGUCCUGACAAAGUAGUGUCAGAAAUAAUUAAACAUGAUUUUUAUUAUGAUGAUUUCCUGAGUGGCGCCGAAAGUGAAAACGAGCUAAGAUGA